UGUCCGAUCUGCUUGCCUUCCGCGGCGACGCCCAUGACCUGGAGCGUCUGCAAGAAGGACGCGCGGUCCAACACCGCUGUCGCGGCGGCUUUGGCGGCGCUCAUCAGUAUUUGGAGUUCAAGACCAGUCAUUUUCCAAGCACUUCGGGCGAUUUGAACAUGCUGAGUCGCGCCGCUCGCUCCGUGGGAGCGCAAUUGAAGCGCAGCCAACAGGUGCCUGCCUCUGCACGGCUAUUCAGUGCCAAGAAGGUGUCGGGCAUCGUCAAGGACGACGACGAUGAGGACAGCCCUCGCAAGGACAAGAAAGGCGACGACGACGACCUCGCGGAAAUCGAAGGCUUUGAAGCCGGCAAGCAAAAGAUCAAGCGCGCGAACGACCUCGCCGAGUACGACGAAGACGAACCCACGGAUCCCGCGCCGCUGUACGGCAAGUACAAGGACGAAGGGCACGAGUUCCGUCAAUUGGCGCCUGCCGCCGCCCGCAAACACAGAUACCAAGCGAUUGCCCCCAACAACAUGGCGGAAGCGCGUCGUCGGUUGCUGGACGAGUAUGGAUCCCGCGGCAUGAGUUUCGACGAUCCUCAGUUUGUCUACGACGACGGUCUUCGCCCCGACAUGGGUCUGUUGAAGGAAAAGGAUGAACUAGACGAAGAAGCCAACGCCGUCGAAGGAUGGAACUUGGACGACGAGAACUUUCUCGACCUGGAUGCGCUGGGGCUCGUCAGCCAAGUCGUUUUUGUCGACACUGUUCAAAAGCCCACGACCUUGGGUAACAUCUUGACAUUCCGCGCGCUGGUCGUGGUGGGCAACCAAGAUGGAUGCGCAGGGUACGCAGUCGGUCGCGGCGGCAAGAUCGAUCAAGCGAUCGACCGCGCCACGCUCCGCGCCAUCGAAACGUUCACGUACGUCGACCGCUUCGACGACCGGACGUUGUACCAUGAAGUGAAUGGCAAGUUCAACAGUUGCGAGCUGUUUAUCCGUCCUUCCAAGGUAGGACAAGGCACGACCGUGAGCGACACAGUCGGGUGUGCGUUGCACUGCUUUGGCAUCACGGACGUCGUGUCCAAGUGCCGCGGCCAGCGCAACCCGUACACGGUCAUCAAAGCCACGUUCGACGCCCUCAGCAAGCACGAGACGGCCGAAGAGAUUGCGCUCAAGACUGGCCAUUCAGUCGUGGAAAUCACAAACCUCGCCAAGUACCGCAAGUUGUAACCCCAUAUUCUCAAUCAAUAUAGGACGACAGUAGGACGAUCCAGCACUAACGUUAGUAUGGUUUACUGUAUUCGAAACUGGAGAAGCAUUGGCCGAAGGAUUGAGCCAAUCAGAUUGCAACGAUCAUGAACGUCAAAUUAGUGUGAGACUUCAAUUAGUGUGAUUCCUAU